CCAGCGAUGGGAGGCAGGACCAGCCCGGGGCCGGCUUAAUUGAAAGUAAACCGCGGAGACUCCACGCGAGGCGAGAGCGCUGGCAGAAUGCCCCGGGCUGGCGCCCCCGCUCCCAGCUGUCAGUGAAGGAGCGAAGCUUCCCGCGGCCGGGAUGUUCAGCUGGCACAAGAGCUUCACCCUGGGAGCUCCCUGGAGACAAGCAGGCAAGAAGAACCCACAAUCCAAGGGCAAGGUAGUGCUGACCAACAUGAAGAUACUGAGCAAUGAAGAGAGUCAAACCCAGGGGUUGACAGGAGAGCCACCUGCAGCCAUGGACUUUGCAGCGGAAUCCAGGCUUCCCAAAGUCGACAUCCCAUUAGAAUGCCAGGGAAAUCUGGGCACAAGAGACACCUCUUCAAAACCAGACUAUGUAGCCAUGCUGUCUGACCUCAGCACCUUAGAGUCCAAGUGCCAGCUUCACAGAUUCUCCAAAUUUGAAUCAGAGGAUUCUGGGGUUGAAUUGCCAAGUGGAGCCAAUUCUCCGUCUACACCAACGGGCUCCGAGAAGAGCUUUGUGCUUCACACCAGAGACUCGUCUUGUGACUCCGGAGUGCUCAGCACCUCUUCUUCUCCGGGAAUUGACCAUGUCAUAAUGAGAAAGUGUAAAGACAUCAGAGAAACCAGCCAGUGUGCUUCAGACAGUGAAAAGCAAGUUGAAUAUUACAGCCAGGCAGCAGAUGUGGUGCAGAUCCCUACAGCUUCCCUGGAAGAUUUCAGUGACUGUCAGGAGGGAGAAAGUCCUAAUAAACUUUUUGGCCAAAGUGAAGGACAAUAUUUGGAAGAGAAACCCAGGAAAGAGAUAGACCUUUCCAUUAAAGACACUCCUCCAGCUGCUGCCCACAUAGAAGAGCAAAGGCCAAUCAGCAACCGUUACAAAGAGACCUUUGGGAGGAUGCAAGAACUUCAGCUCCAUGGACAUCAGCUCAAAAAAUAUCCCACAAGCGACAGCCUGGAUGAGUACAUGGAUGAGUGCUGUCGAUUAAGUGAGGUGAACCAAGGGAACACCAAGGCUCUUGGCUCUGGCCUGGGUUAUCUGGAACACAUCUGUCAGCUGAUAGAGAAAAUCGGGCAGCUGCAGGAGCACAAUCUGCGACUCCAAAAGCAAGUGUGCAGUUUGCAGAAGGAGCAGAAGAUGAGCCAGAUAAAGGAGGAGUAUUUUCUGCAGCACUGUUCCUGUGGAGCUGCCAGCAUCUUGCUCAACUCGUACCAGGAGGUGAAGAAAUUUUUUACUGGGAGGAGCAGACCGCACAGUCUCUUGGUUCAGAGUGGAAACCAGUCCGACCUUUCGAUCAUCCCAGAAAGAGGAAGUGACACACACCUGGAAUCAGGAGAUAGACAGCUGGUGCUGGGACUCAGGAAGACCUGGAGUAAAAGGAGCAAUGAGGAGAAUGACCUCAGAGAUGCCUAUAAUCUGACUGAUGGCCGAGCUUUCCUGCUAAAGGACCCAACUACGAAAAAGAGGGCUGACCUCGGUAAGAGUAUCCCAGGUGAAAGCCACGCUUGGGGCAGAAUGAGGGAUCUCAUGAAGAAGACUAGGCUGAGGAACCAGAGCAAGUUGGGACUGUCAUCGGCAGCUCUGAAGAGGUCCUGCCCACAGCUCUACAGGCCAGAGGUUAAGACUUCGGAUCGGAGGAAGAUGGAGAGGAACUCUAUGAUUGUUCUGGGGCAAAGCACAAAGAAUGAAAACAUCUGGCCUUUCUGAGCAUCUGAAUCCAAUGGACCAAGAGGUAAAUGAGCUGGGGCGCUGCUGGACAUGAAAUUGAAAACCACGAGGCUACAUUGUGCAGACCAAGCUCUACAGCAGGAUCAGCAUCAAGGCAGCAGGGAGGGAGGAGAGGUAAAAGAAAGAUUUGCUGAAGGGCAGGGUGCUCAGCUGUACUAGAGUUUACUCUUGACAUGAAUGUAAAAGUGAACUUAAAACAAUGCUAUAUACCAGGAAUAUAGUUACUAUCUCAGCAAUAAUAACCAAGCAGGUUUGAUACAAUUUCAUAAACAAGCUACCUUAAGUCCUCCUGCUUGUGAAGUAUUAUUGAUCUCCUGGGCUUUAUUCAGCAGAAACAGGCUAAACCCCCAUAGAACACCAGUGCUUUAAGGAAAAACAAAGAUUGGGAGACUACAUGUAGUAGACACUGCUGGGCGUGAGCAGCAGUGCAUGACUUAAGGGAUUUUUUAUAUCUCCACUUGUGGGUAUUACUAACAAGUCUGCACAUUUUAAAGGUCUCCACCCAGCAGUGAUUGGCUGGGGAGUUUUACUGAGGUCCCAUGCAAUGUCCAACUCAAUCAAAGCCACCAGCCAAGAUUUUCUAAAGCUGGAUUUGUAAGUGCAAGGUUAGGUGCCAGUCUUGUGCAUGUGACCCCCUUUGCCAGUCUGGAGCUUCACUGACCUCAGUGGGUCCCCAUGCAGACAGACGGUUACAGCCAUGCAGAGAUUAUUGCAGGACACUGGGGCCUUCAACCGUUCAGCACCUAAUAAGUGGCCUGAUUUUUAAAAGUGCUGAGUGAGCUGCCCACCCAGAUCCUUGGUUUCACUGGGUACUCAGGAUUUUGGAAAGCCAGGCCACUUUAUUAGGAGCCAAAUGCAGGCUCCUGUUUUUAAAGGUUAUGGCCAUGUUGGGUGAAGGCUCCUGGUCUGUUUGGCUGCCUGUGCAUCACCAUGUGCCAUAGGAUUUAAGAGGCAAAAAAGCCAAAUGAACUUAAACCUAUGCCUGUGGAUCAAGUGCUGGAUUGGGGCUCCCUCUGCUGGGAAAGUUAGAAUAAUAGGGAGAUUGAGGAUGGAAAGGAAAGUUUUAAAUCUCUAUUACAAGCUAGGGUAGUUCUUUUUCCAGCUAAGGU